GGGGCAGAAGGAGGGCGUGAUGCAGCCAUUGAGCAGUACGUGGUGUGUGACGUCUGCAACAAGUGGAAGUGGCUGGCGCGCGCGAGGAAGGACCCGCUGUGCAGGUGCGGCGACCGCCUCCUUCAGGGAGAUGAGCCAGGCGAAGGUGUCGACAGUGGCGCAUCGACGCCAGGGCCCCCCCCGCUGCAGAAGAUCUUGGGGGCGCUCCAAGGGCUGCUCGGACCUCCGCAGCUUGCGAAGUUCAAGGAGCAGAACCUGUCAGCGGACGCCUUGCCUGAGCGCGAAACGGAGCCCGAUGCCGCCCCUGCUUUGUCCCGCAGCGUCGGCUUGGCCAAGAGGGCCUUGCAGCGUGCCAUUGCGCACAAGAAGGAGCGCCAACACAAGGUGGGCCAGCUCAAGGAGCAGCUCGCCCAGGCCGAGGCGAACCUGGACGUGGCAGUCUCACAGGAACAGGCCGCCAAGCAGGAGGCGGCGAGGAAGUCGCAACAAUGGGCGGAGCUCGUCAACCCCGAUGGCGCCAAGUGCAUCGUCAUCGAGGAUGAGUCCUUCGCGCCGCGCGACCAGCAGGCCCUGCAGGCCUUCCUGGCGCAGCACCCGCAGAUCGCCGCCAAGUGCGGUCAGCAGGUGCCCAAGGCGGCCGCGGCCCCCGUCGGGCCGCAGGGGGCCGCCAGGGCCGCCGCCGCAGCCGCCAGCGGCGCACCGCCCGCGGCCCGUGGGCCCGCGGCGGCGCCAGCGGCGGCCAUGGGCGGCGGCAAGGGGGCGCCGCCGCCCGCGCCAGCCCAGGGGGUGCCGCGGCCGCCGCAGCCGAUGAGGAACCCCACCCUGGGGGCCGCAGCCGCGGCCCCGCGGCGGCGGUGGCUGCCGAGCAUGAAGAGGGUGGUCGCAGCCGUGCCCACGUUGAUGAUCGUGCUGGCGGGGCUUUUCGUGACUAACGCCACCACGACGGCCAUGAAGUACGACCCGAGCCUCGCCAUGAUGUUCGGGUACCGCACUUUCUCCCAGGCCAAGGGCUCUCGAACGGGAGCCACUGGGAAUCUCGCGUUCUAUUUCGCCAACAUUACCCUGCGGAAUGCACGGGCCAAAAAUUAUAUCCUAGACUCGCGCUUCUUGGCGGAUGUUUGCAUUUUGACAGAGGCGCACCUCGCUCUGAGCAAGCAUGGGCCCGUUCGGAAGCAGUUUAAGAAGAAGGGUUGGAAGACCUACGCUUGUCCAGCCAUCAGCGCAGCCGAGGGGGGCCAG